AUUCUCUCUCCUAGAGGUUCUCUAGGAGCGUUUGGUAAAUAAUUCCCUUUUUUUUCGAACGUGAUCACGACACGAGCCGAUCAUCGCACGUCUCGCCAAUUACUGUAAUGACAUAAGAAUGCGGGUUUCUGUUUGAAGGUUUCAGGGAUCAAUAGCGAUAAGAUAGUUAUCACGUUGUACCAACGGUCCGAUUGUUAUCAGAUCAUCAACAAUAAUAUGCCGAUUAACGAACUCAAGACUGUGUCAUUGAGUUUUCUAUCCAGCUUUGUAAUGCUAUAAUCUCGCGGAGAUGUUACGACGAAACAGGUUAAAACACAGAAUAAUAUCCAUUGGUGUCAUUGUUCUUGCAACAAUAUUUUACAAUGAAUUUCUCGUAUAUGAAGUACAAAAGCUCAAGUGGGCCAUGCGUGAAUGCUCGGAGUGUGUUAAAAUUCUUCUUGUUGCGGAUCCACAAAUUCUUGGGGAAAAAUAUGAGAAUUAUUUUGGUUCAUGGAUAGCGAGAUGGGACAGUGAUAGGUACUUAGAGAAAACCUUCUCAAGGGCAUUACAAUUUUCUCAGCCGCACGUUAUUGCCUUCUUAGGUGAUCUUAUGGACGAGGGUCAUGUAGCUAAUGCAGAAGAUUUUGAGAGGUACAAGAGGAGACUGGAUUCAAUAUUUUCGAUGCCAGAUGACAUAAUGAAAAUUUAUUUGCCAGGUGACAAUGAUAUUGGCGGAGAAGAUGAUAGUGUUUCUGCCAGUAUCCACAAGAGGUUCAAUUUUGCGUAUACUCAGCCAGAUACUUUAGUGUACAAAUCCGUCACCUUUUUCAAAGUGAAUAGAUUGACGCGCACGAUGCCAGAAGCACCGAAGGAUGCGUUUCUUAAUGAUUACGCGGAAAGGAAUACAACUAAUGUUAUUCUUAGCCACAUGCCUUUGCUGUUUACACCCGGAAAUUUUGUGCAAAAUGUCCUUAAAGAGUUAUCGCCGCAAGUCAUUUUUACCGCGCAUGAACAUAAAGCGAUGCACAUAAGUCUGGACACGGCGACGGAUCAGUUGAGCGAUGUUUGGAUUCUGUCGCCGUACGAGUCGCCUCUGUACCAAUUAAGAAUGGACGUAGGGGAUAUUCAUGAAGUACAAAUACCGACCUGCUCCUACAGGAUGGGCAUGCCACACAUGGGUUAUGGACUUGCCUAUAUAGACACCCAAGAGAAGACCGUUGAAUUCACGAUUCUGUGGCUACCAGGCAGAUUCCCGCAGUUAUGUGCUUACAUAUUUAUCGUUGUAUUGGUCAUUGUACUUGCCAUUUGCUUUUUUGCCUCAGGCUGCUGCGUAAAGAGCUACGCAACUUACAGUCGUUUACCUUCCGUAUAGGAUAGCGUUCAAUUAAAAGUAUUUAGGUACUUAACCCUGGAAUGCUACUUAUAUAUGUUUCUUACAUUAGUAUUACUCUGAAUGAAAAUUGACCUCUACAAUUAAGAACUUUUUGAAUAUCUUUUGCCACUUGUAGGUUGUAAAAUAAUUUAGAAUAAUUUAAUUAACAUUAUUUUUAAUGUAUUAUUUAAUGUACAUAUUAUUUAAUAUUAUACAAAAUCUUGCUAAAUGUUAUUUUAAGCUAUCGAAAUUUUAACAACAAAAACUACGAAGCUUGAAUUAACACUUUGAUGAAAAUUCAUCCACAGUAGCACUCCAGGAUUAAAUGAGUGAACUUGGCGAUUUGUGAAUUAGAUACCAAGAUCCGUCCAGAUUACAUGGUACUUUGAUCGUCUGUGUUAAAUCUUGAGAAAAUUGAGGAUAAUGGUUGUUUAUUAUCCACUACAUUAAAAGAACAGGUUACAAAUGAGAUUAUUUAUUAGUUAUGAAAAGUCGGAUGAAAAGUUGGAUCUCCGAAGCAGAACGCUUUUAAGAAACCUCCUUUCCCCAAGACUUUUUACGCAGAUACUUAUGAUAAAUAUAUUCGUUUGCCUUAAUUGUCAUGCAUGACUGAAGGUAUGACUAAAUAUAAUGCCAAACGUUCUAUUGAACAACAGCGCUGGCUUUAGAUUGCACUUCUGUUUUAGGCAGCGGGAUUCUGUAAUUCUUAAUAAUAGUAUCGGUAUAGCUAUAUUAUCGUUGCGCAAAUGUUGAGUAUGAUUUUUUAAUUUUCUUGUGAUACCACUUUAAAAAACACUUUGCUUGAAGAGGCACAUCUAUGCGUACUUAGGCUAAUACAUGGUUAUUGUGUCAUAUAAUAUUGUGUAUGAUAAAAAAGCUAUGCAACGGUACUGUAACGAUACCGAUAUCCCGCUAUUGACUGAUAUUUGAAUUAUCGAGUGAUAAUUCAAAAUAAAUAUUAUUAACGAGUUAUUUAUCAUAUACUCGUCAUUUUCAAUAAAACUCAGCAUUGUAAAGAUACGUAAAACAAACAGUGGGAUUCUUGUAAGUGUUUAAAUUAUCACAACUAAAAUUCAUUCUGUAUUCCUUGUUUUUUGGUAGUCUAAAUGAGAGACUGCUUUCUUAAGUCUUAAAGCCGGCGCGGCGUAAAAGUAUUAUGUACAUAACGAUAUUUAUUGUAAUUCUUGAUGUUUUGUUGUGAAAUCUUUGUGUGUAUACGUAAACACGACGUGCCAAACAUUGACAUGGCAGCGUUGGCACGCCACUGUUACUUAAAUGAGUUCCUGCCACAUUGAGUAAAUUGAAAGAUAAAAAGUUCUGUGCUUAAAAAUGUAUCACUGUGCAAUGUCAAUAAGAUAAUAGAGAAAGUCCGUCGAUUAUACUCUCUCAGUUGACGCAAUAAGAGAUUUUAUUGUAUCACGUUAUAAACUAUAUAGAAAUAUAAGGAAGAAUUGUUGAGCGCGUUUUAGAUAGAUCAAUUUAUAUUUCUCUCUAUGGAUUCGUAUACACAGAGUUUGUCUGAAAUAAAUGUUAAGUGUUGAAACAAG